AUGCCAAAGCGAAAAGACAAUGUGCCAGCAGCAGCAGCAGCAGCAGCAGCAGCAGAACAAGAGUCGAUAUACACACUAGAAUCCAUGACAUGUCGUAUUUUGCCCGGUCUUCAAGCGCGCGAAUACAUUGUCAAGUCAUCAUCAAAUACCAUCCAUCUGCUGGAUGUGUUCAUAUGGUCCAUUGCACUAUACCUUGCCAAGUCUCGGCUCUACCAGUAUGCCAUCACAACAGCGCUGAUAUGGCUUUUUGCUAAGCGGAAAUCGGUUCGACAAGAAAGCAUAUUAGCUAUCCGCGAUGUGGGCAUACAAGUCAAAACAACCUACUGGGGCGGCUCAUCAGUGUCGCGCUUCAUCAACAGGAACAAAAUAGACGAUGUGAUCAUCAACGAGGGCAUCAGUUUUUGGCAGAUAAAAUCAUACAUGGCGAUAUUGGUAAAAGACGAGGAUAAAAUGGUCGUUGUAUUCGAGCACCUUUUACCAAGGUUGAAGCCUUUUUUGCUACGAGCCUACCAAGGCACUCGCACCAUCAUCUUUACGCAAAAGCCAAACCACAUACUCGACUCCUUUUACACCGCAAAGCAAUAA